UGUUUAGUGAAGACCGUGAUAUGAAGAAUAUUGUCUGAAAUCCGUGAAAAAUGGCCACAAAUAGUCCGGCAACUGUUGUAUCAUCGAUCCCUAGUGGUAGCAAACCUAAGGUCAACCAACCGCAACUGCAGCAGCAACAGCUGGCGACAGUUAUCAGCAGUGACAUCCUGGACGACCUGGGCAGCCGAUUCAUCAUCAAUGUUCCGGAAAAUGAGCGACAAAAUCUGAUCCGUGUUUGCUUCCAGAUUGAACUGGCCCACUGGUUCUAUCUGGACUUCUACUGCGUGGCACAGAAGCAAAAGUGUGGUAUUAAACAGUUUGCUUACCAACUUUUCCAGCGCAUUCCUUUCCUGCUACCGCACUUGUCAUACGUUGAAAAGAUUCUCGAAGAUUGGAAGCAGUACAAACUAUCGGUUCCUACUUACGGUGCAAUUCUUUUGUCCGAAGACUUGAAACAUGUCCUGCUGGUGCAAUCGUUCUGGGCAAAAUCAUCCUGGGGUUUCCCCAAGGGUAAAAUCAACGAAAAUGAAGAACCCAUUCACUGCGCCAUCCGUGAGGUUUACGAAGAGACCGGAUAUGAUAUCAAGAACUUACUUGUCCCCUCGGAAUUCAUCGAACUGAUCAUCAACUACCAGUACACAAGAUUAUAUCUAAUCAGAGGAGUCCCUAUUUCGACGGUAUUCGCACCUCGUACCCGAAACGAGAUCAAAUGUUGCGAAUGGUUUCCAAUCGAACCACUGCCGGUGACCAAGAACGAAAAUUUUGUCAAGGAUAAUCUCAGCAUGAAUGGAAAUUCGUUCUUUAUGAUACUGCCGUUUGUGAAGCGCCUUAAGAAAUGGCUGGAAAAGAUCCAAAAAACCAAACAUAAAGGACCGGCUGCUGGUGGCAGCAGUGGUUCUCCAGUGUUUAGUUCGACCGGAAAGCAAAACACCAAAUUCUUCGAAAACAAAACCGGAUGCGCUGCCAAUCAUAGUCAGGCCGGAAAUCGCCAGAGACAGCGACACAAAUCGAUGGGCGAUAUCGAGCAGCAGCAGUCCAAAUCGACUGGCUCGCAAAAUUUCGUAACUCCGGAACAGUUUGCCAAACAUCCGGGGACGAACAGUGCGUAUCAGGACGUUGCGCCCGCAACUGCAGAUACACAAGCCGCUGGUGGUACGGCUUCGAAUAAAAAGUCGCAUGGCAAGAAGCAUUCUGCUUCCCACAAUGAGAGCGGAAUUCCUGGUGGAUCGACAGGAGGACGAACGCAAAUAAAGCGGAAGCUCUUCGAUCCUUUGACGGAAGAUAAACCGAAAGCUGUGGACAGUAACGAUCCGUUUGCGAUGUUUAACGAAUGCCAAGCUUGGGUUGGUUUUAAACUGGACUACAGUAAAUUUUUGUAAUUUGUUUGAGAUUGUAUUUUUAUGAUAUGCAUC